AUGAUUACUACAAUUCCUAUUUCUCUUCAUUAAUCAAUAGAUCGAACAGGAUCUACUCAUAGAUUUGAGAAUUAAAAAUAAUAGAGCAUGAAUCUUUUACAAAGAGUGAAAUAACACUUAUAAUAUAAGUCAUAAACAUUUAGGACAUUUAGAUAAUGUGUUAUUGAUUCAUAAUAGCUUGACAAACAUGUUGAUGAUGAACUAAAUGAUAAAAAGUAUAUAACACAUAUGGAUAACGAUGAUAUAAAUCAUCAAAAGUUGAUUGAUGAUUGUGUUAGAGAUAUAUUAAAUUAUAAUAAACCAGUACCUAAUGAAACCGACAUAUCCCCUAUAUUAAGAAGUGGUUAGAGAUUAUCAUUCUCGUAAAUUGCAAAGAGUAUUCCUAAAAACAGAGUGAAAAGACUAUCAUCUACAAUUUUAGUUGGACAAAUGGUUAAAAAUAAAGGAUUAGAAAAGCCAACAAUAAAUUAAAUAAAAUUAUAACAAAUAGAUAAAAUUAUUAGAUAAGAAAGAGAUAGAAAUAGAACUGAGAUAAACCAAAAAUCACUUAAGAUAGUUUUACCAAUUAUUUUGACAAAAAAUUAAGAAAGAAAAUCUAUGAAUUAAUUAUAAAAAAAAAAUAGUAUGGUAACUGCAUCUUAACGUUUAUUAAAAACUAAAAAAAGAGUAUUCUCAUAAGAUCCCUCUCCACUUCUGGAAAAUCAUACUAGUUUUUCAAUUAUAUCAGAUUCAUUUGAUUGUAGUCCUAAAUAAUAUGAAUCUAAUAGAAGACUUGGAACUUUAAUAUAAUAAUUAAAUAAUGAAAAAGAUGAGAUUACUACACAUUAAAGAAAAAUUAGAAAUUCAAUUGUUUUAAAUUAAUAAAACUUUAAUAAAAUUGAUGAGAGAUUAUAGCCUGAAAAUUAAGAGAAGUAUAAUUAUCUAAAACAUGAAUAAUAGAUUUUUGGAAAAAAAAAAAGUUAAUAAACAUAAGUUUUUAAUAUUGAUUCAUUUAAAUGA